AUGAGCGCAAGACCAAGCCAACGGAACAUCAAAUGGGUUGAGGGCCUUCGAGGUGUUACCUCCGUCCUCGUCAUCGCUACCCAUAUCGCGAGAGCCCUCGACUUCCCCUUGUUCUGGCCCGCCGACUACAAAAAUGGGCCCCCGAGGCUACUACAGCUCCCAUACCUGCGGAUCCCGUGGCAGGGCCGUAUCGGUGUGCCCAUCUUCGCCUUUCUGACGGGCUUCGUGUGCGCCUACAAGCCGGUGAAACUCGCGUACCAACAAGGGAACCAGCCCGCCGCCCUCAAAUCGGUCGCCCGUAGCGCCUUUCGCCGCCCGCCGCGGCUCAUCCUGCCAGCCCUGAUCGCGACCUUCAUCAGCUUCAUCAUGUCGGUCUUGGGCGGUUACACAGCGGCGAACCGUUGUGACAGCCAUUGGGUCCGCUUCGACGCGCCGGAUCCCUUGCCGUUUGGGGAAAACAUCAAGAGGUUGAUCAACACGUCCAUCACGACGUGGACAAACACAGAAAACCUGUAUGACAGACACCAGUGGGCGAUGCGCCCGCUGCUCAUUGGUGCCUUCCAGGUCUACAUCGUGCUAGCGGCUACGAUCGGGAUGCGGUUCAAAUAUCGGAUGCUGGUGCAUGUUCUGAUGGUCCUGUACUGGUUGAUUAAUGUCAACGCACUGACUGAAACGUUCGGCGCCAUGCUCUCGCUCGGCACCCUUCUCGCCGAGCUGUCCCAGCACCGCCCCACCCAGAACCUCAUCUCCAACCACCAACGGCUCUGCACCUACGUUCUCGCCCCGCUCAUCUUCCUGAUUGGCGGCUACGUCGGAUCCUACCCCGCCGAACACGAGGACUGGGCUCCCUGGUCCCUCAGCCUGCACCGGUUCCUCGUUAACCCCGUGGAUGGUCACCGCACCGGCAGUAUCCUCCUCGACCACCACUCCUUCGCCGUCUACCUCACGCACGGCACCAUCCUGCGCACGGUCGGCAUGUGGAUUGUCUACGGCAUCAGCGGCGAGCCCUGGAAACCGGCCGGUAAGAACCCGGACGGCUCGCAGCAGGAGCAGGUGUGGCUCAAGCCCAAGGGUCGCCCGCACAAGAUGGUCGCCAUCCUCGUCUUCACCGCCCUGACCUACACCGCCGCCUGGGCCUGGAUGAAGUGGGUCGACACCGCCUGCGCCCGCGCCACCCAGUGGCUGGAGAAGAAGGUGUUUGAGGACGAGGACGGCAACGAGGGCAAGGACGGCAUGGCCGAGAAGGGGCUCGGCCACAACCGCGGCCACAGCCGUGCCCACAGCCGCGCUUUUUCGAACGGUGGUGCCCAGCUGCCGAGGCACCAUGACGGUGAGCGGUCGCAGCCGCCGCCUUGA